AUGUCGCCCAGAAACCGCGGCCUUUGCGGGUCUGGGCCGCCUGGGGAGACUGGGGUGGGCUCCGCCCCGGCACCGGCGCCCCGUCUCCUCCGACAGCUGAGCCAGGCCUCGUCCGACGGGCUGGCGGCGGAGGGGAGACCGGACGGAGACCACCCCGAGCUCCAGCUCUGCAAAGGGACCGCGCUGCGAGCGGCCGCACCGCCAAGGACAAAGGCCCUGAGGGGGGAAGAGCUGGGGGUCUCCAGGGUCCCCUCCGGGCGGGCCGGGGUGACCUGCCGGAGGCGGAGCGCGGCCCGGGCCGUGAGCCAAGAACCCGCGUGGCCCGGACCCGGACGCGCCCUCUGGCGGCCGUGCGAGGAUCGACCAGGUGGCUCCGCUGCAGGGUCCCGAGCCGAGCUGACCGCGGAAGGUGGCCUCUCUGUCGGCUCUUCCCUUUGCCUGCUCAGACCAAGGCCGCAAGCCUUCCUCCUGUUUUCUUCCAGCGGUUUUCCACAUUUAAGUCUGUCAUCCACUGGAGCCCAUUGUGGUGCAUCACCAGAGGCUGACUGGUCCCUGCCCUGGAAUCCAGACCUGCAGACUCCCCGCGCACCCGGGCUGCCUGCCCACGUGGCUGGAGGAAGUACCGCGGCCACCUCCCCCUUCCGCCUCUGCAAGGCCCUCGCUGGCCCCCACGGGGCGCUCUCCCACCCCGCCCACCGGUUCCCUCCUGCAGAGCAGACGGGCUCCCUCCGUCCAAACCCUUCCCAGGAGCCUCCAGCUUCCUUCCUCUCCCACUCAGGGCCGAGCAGGCUGGGUUCACAUCCGCCGCCUCCUCCCACCGGCUGUGGGGCCACAACAAGCGGCUUCACCUCUCACCUGCGCUGA